AUGUCCAAGUCUUCAACAGCAUCAAAAAUGUCAUCCCAGCAGGAAAUACUGAGCGAUGGGCGCUUCAGCUGUGUUACCAGGGAUCCCAGGUUUUGGGAGAUGCCUGACAAAGAGCGUAAAAUCAAGAUUGACAGGCGAUUCCGAGCGAUGUUUCAUGAUAAGAAGUUUAAGCUGAAGUAUACUGUGGAUAAAAGAGGUCGUCCUGUUAACUAUACUUCCACAGAGAACCUGAGGAAAUUUUAUGCCCUGUCAGAAUCUGACUCUGAUCUUUCAGAAAGUGAUGGUAAAGAAUGUGCUAAAAAGAAAAUAAAGAAAAAAAAACCUAAACGUCAAGGAGAAGCAGAUUCUGCAGAGCUACUUGCUGAUGGUCAAAUAGGCAAACAAGGGGUGGACCAAGAAUGUGAAGCAGAGACAAAGCUAAAUAAUCUUAAAAGUGAAAGACAAAAAAAGGCAUCUAAAUUAAACUUGAAAGAAGACUCUGAGAAAACUGCAACAGAAAUUGAGCUUUCUCAGGGAAACAAGGGCCUUUCACACAAAGGGGAAAAUAAGCAGGGAAAUGCAUCAGGAGGAAGAUCAAUUUCAAUUCAAAACAAGCAAAAUUCUUCACAGUCUAGUGGUACUAAAUCAGUUAAAGCUCUCCAGAAGGACCAUUCUGUAGGAGGAAAAAGACAAGGAUCAGUGACUGCAUACACAGACACCUGCAAUCAAAGUGACAUUAGUAAAAGACAGUUAGAGGAAGAUAUUUCUGCAAGUGAUGGUUUUGAGUGUGCAGAAUCAGAAGAAGAGGAGCCAGAAGAUGAUGAGGAAACAGGGGAAGAGGACGAGCCAGAAGAUGAUGGAGAAACAGGCGAGGAAGAGGAGCCAGAAGAUGAUGGGGAGACAGGGGAAGAAGAUAGUCAUUCAGAAGAUGAUGAAGAAAGUGAUAGUGGGCCUGAUCUAGCUAGAGGCAUAGGGAACAUUGAAACGAGCUCGGAGGAUGAUGAGGAUUUAAAUGACCUCUUUCCAAAGGAGCCAGAGAUAGAACAUUCGUGGCGUGAGCUAGAUAAAGAUGCCCUUCGUGGAGAUGAGAUUACAAGUCGAUUGGCAGUUUGUAAUAUGGAUUGGGAUAGGUUGAAGGCUAAGGAUUUGCUGGCUCUAUUUAAUUCUUUCACGCCCAAAGGAGGAACAGUAUUUUCUGUUAAGAUUUAUCCUUCGGAGUUUGGAAAAGAGAGAUUGAAAGAGGAAGAGCAAAAAGGACCUGUGGAACUGUUUGAUCUUCCAGAGAAUACCACAGAGAAUGAUGGGCUUUACAGGGAAAAACUGCGGGAAUAUCAAUUUAAGCGACUGAAAUACUUCUAUGCAGUGGUAGAAUGUGAUUCUCCUGAAACAGCCAAUAAAAUUUAUGAGGAAUGUGAUGGACUGGAGUUUGAAAGUAGCUGUUCUUUUAUAGAUCUGAGAUUUAUUCCGGAUAACGUUACAUUUGAUGAUAAGCCAAAAGAUGAAGCCUCAGAAGUGAACGUAGCUAUGUAUAAACCAAAGUACUUCACAUCUGCUGCUAUGGGAACAUCAAAGGUAGAUAUCACAUGGGAUGAGACAGAUCAUGAACGAGUAACGUCACUUAGCAGAACUUUUAACAAAGAGGAACUUCUUGACAUGGAUUUUCAAGCUUAUUUGGCCUCAUCUAGUGAAGAGGAGGAGGAAGAGCAGCAAGAUGGUGACGUAGCUCAUGAAAUGGAAGAUGACAAACCCAGGAAAAGCCAAAAAGAUGAUGAAGAGCAAAUUGCCAAGUACAGACAACUUUUGCAAAGUAUCCAAGAAAAAGAGAAAAAACAGGAAGAAAAGGAUAUAGGAAUGGAGGUUAAAUGGGUUCCAG